AUGAAAGAGUUUUUCAACCCAUCAGGGACGUCAAUUCUUGUACCAUCAGUUCAAGAGUUGGCUAAGCAGAAUUUGGCAACUGUUCCACGCAGGUACAUUCAGCCUCAGCAUGGAGAAGAAACGGUGCUCAUUUCUCACGAAGUUGAUGCUACCCUUCAGAUUCCAGUUAUUGACAUGCAGAGGUUGCUUUCACAACAAUCUGGGAGCUCAGAAUUGGCCAAGCUCCACCUUGCUUGCAAGGAAUGGGGAUUCUUCCAGAAAGUGAAGUUGGAGAUUGAAGAUUUCUUCAACCUUCCAAUGUCUGAGAAGAAAAAGUUCUGGCAAACUCCACAGCACGUGGAGGGUUUCGGACAAGCAUUUGUUUUGAGUGAAGAUCAAAAGCUUGAUUGGGCUGACAUGUUCUACAUGGUCACCCUUCCAAAGCACUCGAGAAUGCCCCACUUAUUUCCAAACCUCCCUCUUCCCUUCAGAGACACUCUAGAAGUUUACUCACAGAAAAUGAAAGAUCUAGCCAUGGCUAUAAUUGGGCACAUAGGAAAAGCAUUGGAGAUAGAAGAGAUGGAAAUAAGGGAAAUAUUUGAAGAUGGGAUACAAAUGAUGAGGAUGAACUAUUACCCUCCAUCGCCUGAACCAGAAAAAGUUAUUGGCCUGACCAAUCAUUCGGAUCCAGCAGGUCUCACCAUACUCUUACAGAUCAAUGAAGUAGAUGGGCUACAAAUAAGAAAACAUGGCGUGUGGGUUCCUCUUAAGUCCUUGCCUAACUCCUUUGUUGUCAAUCUUGGUGACAUCAUAGAGAUUAUUACAAAUGGAAUAUAUCGAAGUAUUGAGCAUCGAGCAACAGUGAACUCUGAAAAAGAAAGGCUUUCAAUUGCAACAUUCUAUAGCCCUAAUCAAGAUGCUGAAAUAGGUCCUUGGAAAAGUUUGAUCAAUGAAGAAACACCAUCACUGUUCAAAAGAAUUAGAGUAGAUCAAUAUUUUAAGAAUUUUUUUUCUCGGAAACUUGAAGGAAAGUCUCACAGAGAUGCCAUGAGAAUAGAGCAUCAUAUCAAUUGA